GCAUUUGAAGCAGCAUGGGCAGCUGCUUGCAAGGUGGAGGCAUCAACAAUGGUAGUGCCUUCUGGAUCCGUGUUCUUUGUCAAACCGAUCUCUUUCUCAGGCCCCAAUUGUCAACCAAAGAUUGUAUUUCAGUUGGAUGGCAAGAUUAUUGCGCCUAAAGACUCGGGAUCUUGGGGAUCAGGUCUGUUACAGUGGCUUGAAUUCACAAAGCUCACAGGAAUUACAAUUAGAGGGAAAGGUAUAAUUGAUGGCCAAGGCUCAGUUUGGUACAACCCCACAGCCAAAAUGCCAAGCACCAAGCCAACAGCACUCAGGUUCUACGGGAGCUCUGAUGUAACAGUAACCGGCUUAACAAUUCAAAACAGUCCCCAGACACACCUCAAGUUUGAUGAUUGCACAAAUGUUCAGGUUUUCAGCAUGAGUGUUUCAUCCCCUGGCGAUAGCCCCAACACGGAUGGAAUUCACCUGCAGAACUCCAAAGAUGUGGUGAUACACGACGUUAAACUUGCUUCCGGAGAUGACUGUGUCUCCAUACAAACUGGAUGCUCAGGCAUAUUCAUACACAAUGUGAAUUGUGGACCGGGACAUGGAAUCAGCAUUGGAGGGCUAGGGAAGGACAACUCCAAAGCCUGUGUAUCAAAUGUUACUGUCCGAGACUCCACAAUUAGCAACACAAUGACUGGUGUCAGAAUCAAGACAUGGCAGGGUGGCUCAGGCUCAGUGCAAGGAAUCAUGUUCUCAAAUAUCCAACUUUCUGAAGUAAAAACUGCUAUUAUGAUUGAUCAAUUCUACUGCGACGGAAGCAAAUGCAGUAAUAAAACAUCAGCUGUGGCUGUAUCAGGCAUAACAUAUCGGAACAUAAAAGGGACUUACACAGAAAAUCCAGUGCACUUCGCGUGUAGUGACAGCUUGCCGUGCACUGGUGUUAUUCUAAAUACCAUAGAGCUUAAAGCAGUACAAGAAAGCAAUCCCUUGAGCAAUCCUUUCUGUUGGAAGACAUAUGGAGAAUUACAAACAUCGACCGUCCCUCCAAUUGACUGUUUGCAGUCAGGCAAGCUAGCCAAACAACAAAGUUCAGCUCAAUGCUGAUUCCUGCUGAACCUAGCUUAGGGUAAUCAAUACAUAAAUGGGGUUAUGCAUAUUUUUGGACUCCAACAUACUAUAUACAUUAUUCUAGUUGUGUAAUGUAGGUGAUACUAGUC